AUGACCGAACUUUCCCCAGAUGAAAAUUCUAUCAUUGAACGCCACCCUUUGAAUCACACGGUCCACGAUCUGCGCUGUUUGCUUGAAGAGGCAGACAAUAUUUACGAGUCACGCUUAAUAUCAAAUGACGGCUCCAUAAAUAGUCUUGACACACUUUACCAAUCUGCGAUUUCAAAACUUAUCAUUGCCCUUCAAGGACAGGAUGCAGCAUUCAAUCUUCGCUCACGGAUCGCCGACCAAAAGGUUGAUUCAGAUUUGGCAGACUUAUAUCUGGGCCUCCGGCGAGCCCCCUUCAGUUAUGAACACUAUCAACCUCUCAUCCAGCUUGUUGUCAACAAUGCUGCUGACACUGACAUCUGGAAGGCUGUCUUCAACCUCAUUGCCGCUACUUCUUCUUCCACACCCCCAGCAACUGUUCCUCCCUCAUCCGACGCUACCCCGGUCCGGUUCACAUCAUCAUCACAGAAAGGGGCCGAACAGACUCGUCUGCUAGUGGAAGGGAGGAUCUUUGAAGAGAUACAAGAUUGCACCUUUCGGGGUGUAGGUGGUUUCAUAGCAAAAUACUUUGAAGGGACUACCUGGAAUACACGGGUGGGCGCACUCUGUGAACGCGCCCUGAACUCAUCUAGUGACUGGGCUGAAUUUCCCAAUCCCCCUACGCAGGAAAAUGUCCUUGAGUGGUGGUUUCGCCUUCAAGCUGAGUUCCUUCCAGAAGCGCGUAGUGUCUACUUUUCCACCAGAAAUAAGGCAGACCUUACUGGUUCGGAAGCAGAGCGACAGGUUGACCUUUUACUGAAAGCCCGAACCGCUGGCAACCCAAAUGAAAAGCAUGACUGGAGAGAUAUUUAUGUGGUGGGGGAGCUCAAAAAGUCAUCAGAUGAGAUCCAGACAAAAGGCACACUGCUGCAGCUGGCACGUUACGUGCGGGAAGUGUUCAUUGCACAGCCAACUCGACGAUUUGUCCACGCAUUUGCCGUAUGCGGGGCCAAGAUGGAGGCCUGGGUGUUUGAUCGCUCAGGUCCCUACAGCUCUGGCAUUUUUAAUAUCCGAGAAAACAUGAAACAGUUCUUGCAUGUUAUUUUAGGUUACGCGAUGAUGAGCGAUGAAGAGCUUGGGCUUGAAACAUUCAUGGCAUCUGGUUUGGAUGGCAAACAGGCAAUAACUGUCAAUGCUACCGGUACCGGAAAGGAUACAACAAUUCAACUUGAUCGCGUCCCUAUCAGCUCCCAAUACUCCAUUGUGUGUCGCGGCACAAGCUGCUUUCGCACAAAGAAUGGUGGCAUGGCGGAGGGCGUGGCAAAAUUCUCAUGGACUUCUGAUAAACGACGACCGGAGGUGGACCUUCUCGAGCUCGCACACCAGCGGGGCGUCCAAGGGAUCGCAAGGGUCAUCGGGCACCGUACAUUCACCAGCAUUGCAGACCUGCGCGAGGGCCUGCUCUUCGAAAAUCGGCACAAUUUUCGAAGUAGCAAUGCCAGCCCGGCAUUGUCAUUUGCGCAGCAAGGAUCCCGAGUCAAAUUGUUCCAAUCAUCCAGCCGAGUUCAAAGCCUUAGUGUCAGCAACAGGCCGUCUACAAAGCGGAGAUCACCAGAUCCUGGACCACAAAUUAUCAAACGAUCGCGCUCCAGCAACAAGCUCUCUAGAAAGCAAUCAGAGAAUGAGCUCACUUUCACAGCCCAGUCCGUUCAUUCACCCAGCCUAUUUGACCGAGGGGAUGAACCGUAUGACAAUCGUAUCUUUCGUUGUCUGGUGAUUACCCCUGCCGGCCGACCCAUUUAUGAUUUUGAGUCACCGUUGGAAUUGCUCAUGGCGCUCCGAGAUUCAAUACUGGCACAUCGGUCUCUGUACCUUGAUGGAAACAUCCUUCACAGAGACAUUUCAGAGAACAAUAUAAUUAUCACAGAUUCUGGCAAAGCAGGUGGUAAGUCAGGCAUGCUCAUUGAUCUUGACCUUGCCAAGGAAUUUGGGAGUGGACGAAGCGGUGCACGACACCGGACCGGUACCAUGGAAUUCAUGGCGAUUGAGGUACUGCUCAAUGUAGACCACACGUACCGUCACGAUCUUGAGUCCUUUUUCUAUGUGUUGAUCUGGCAGUGCGCCUAUCGUGGCUGGAAAAAAGCUAAACAAGAAUCGAUGCAGCCUAAAAAAAGCCUUCUAAAGAAUUGGUAUACUAAUGACUACGAAGACAUUGCAAACGCCAAACGAGGCAAUAUGGAAGCUGGCGGAUUUGAGCGUAUUUUGAUGAAGGAAUUUCCUCCAUAUUUUGACUGUCUCAUACCGCUCUGUAGAGCUAUACGAGACAUACUAUUUCCUUAUGAUAAGAACGGGCUUGUUGUUGGCACGCCCCGUGAUCCAAAAAGGCUGUACGACCCUAUCAUCAAGGCGUAUGAGGACGCAAUAGUUUCACUUGAAGCUGAAAGAACUUGA